UUUAAAUUACUGCGGCCAACCAUACGUAAACAAGAGUAGAAACCCAUAACAUCUUUUUAAAGAAGUACUCAUAUCAGCGGGUACGACCUCUUAAUCGAAUGGGUUAUCAUUGAAAAAUUAAAUUCUUACAAUGAGAAAGUUUUGUUUUCGCAUAGUAAUGCAGUGAAAACGCCACACUGAAAAUGUACAGUGUGAAUGUGAUAACAGUUCUUAGUUUGUGCAUUAUUGUAAAAAACUGUGAUAGUAGUGAAUACGUAAACAACUCGUAUGUGAGACAACCUCGCCAAAUUAACUAUGGGUGCCAUUUACCUCCGCAUCCAUCUCAUGGUAAGUGGAACGUCUACGAAGCCACCUCACAAUUCCGCCCCGGACAAGUAGUACCCAAAAAAACAAUAAUCCAAGUAAGUUGCAACGACGACUACAAAUUAGAUGGCGACGGAACCAUUAUCUGCCUUGAUGGAAAAUGGUCAAGCGACAUUGGACAAUGCUUACGAACUUGCUCCUCAAGAUACAGUUCUCCAAUUAUGACCGUAACCUGUACCUACAACGGCAGGACACUUGACGUUUGCGAAAAACCUCUUGACGGUACUCUCGCAAAAUUUCGUUGCGCUGAUUAUUAUGAAGACAAGGGUUUGGAAAGAUAUCCUACUCACGUGUGCUAUAACGGAGAAUGGAACCAUUUACUGCCGGAAUGUCUUCCAAUUUGUGGUCAAAAAUCCAUUCAACACGAUCCAACGCUAAUUGUAAGCGGUAAGAACGUCACAAAAGGGGAGUACCCGUGGCAGGUGGCUCUCUACAAUGUAACCGAUAAAGAACUAUUGUGUGGUGGAUCACUGUUAAAUCAAAGAGUCAUCCUAACAGCGGCCCACUGCAUAACGGACACAGACGGAAACCUUUUUUCGAAAGAAACAUACAUGGUAGCUGUUGGAAAAUAUUUUCGUAAAUAUGACCAUUCGGGAGAUUAUCACGAAGCACAGUUUUCAGCCAUAUACGACAUGUACGUACCCACGCAAUACCGAGGUGACAUUCAAAAUUACUUUGGCGACAUUGCCAUUUUGGUUACGAAAAAAACAUUCUCGCUUUCGUCACGUGUGCAGCCUGUGUGUGUCGACUGGGGAGCUCACCACCAUCAACCUUUAAUAGAUACCAAAAAAAUAAGCUACGGGCAUGUUACUGGAUGGGGAUUCACUGUCGAGUACAAAAAUCCCUCAACGGUUCUUAAAGAGUUACGAGUACCCAUAAUCAACACCAAGGAAUGUGUUAAGCAACUGGCGGAAGAUUAUCAAAGAUUUUUGACUCACGAUAAACUGUGUGCAGGCUUUUUAGACCAGGGUCAAUCUAUAUGCAAGGGAGACAGCGGAGGAGGGUUAGUGUCCAAAUAUGGAGACCGCUACUACAUCAUUGGGGUCGUGAGUCUAGCGCCUCAAGCGCCAACUGAAGAAGGUGGAUGCGACAGUCAGCAAUAUUCUUUGUUUACGAGCGUCUCCUACUACAUUGAGUCCUUUAUCAUUGGAAAAGAAGCAAAAUUUAAACCCGGGCCGCAGGGACAGAAUUUAGAUUGCGAAGAUGACCCGAACUGUAGAAAUUCCGCUUCGACGACUGUGGCACCUACCACAACGACAGAAAAACCCCAAAUACCUGUUAGUACCGACCGACCUGUUACUCCGGCUCCAAAUUUCUGUACAUUACCAGAACAUCCUCUAUUCGGCAAAUGGUCUCUGUUUGGAACUAGUUCUACUUUAAAACCCGGAAAUAAAGUGUCAUUAGGAACGGUGCUCCAAAUAUCUUGUGAAAAAGAUUAUACACUUAAAGGGGCCGAAAUUAUCCUCUGUGAAAAUGGCAAGUGGGCGGCAGAAAUCGGGCAGUGCUUAAGAUCAUGUCCACCGCUACGAAAUUCAGAUACUGUACAAAUUUCUUGCAGUCAUAACGACAAAGAAAUGAAAGACUGCUCUAAAGCUCCGGAUGGUACCAUAGCGAAACACCAAUGUGCUCCCUUCUACGAAGACAUACAACUGGCCAAAAAUCCAGUCCGGGUUUGUCGAAAUGGCUCAUGGGAUAUGAAAAAACCGGAAUGCGUUCCACUGUGCGGUCUCAAAUCUGUUACCCCUCAAACUCUAAUUGUCAAUGGUGAUACUGUGAAACAGGGUGAGUACCCGUGGCAGGUUGGUAUAUAUGGAGCCCGUAAGCAAUUCGUUUGUGGGGGAGCUCUAAUAAGUCAAAGGUUAAUUUUGACAGCUGCGCACUGCGUAACAAAUUGGAAAGCUCAGUUGCAACCAAUAACCGACUAUAGUAUAGCUGUCGGAAAAUUUUAUCGAGAAUAUUUCGACCCUCUUGACUUUAAAGCUCAAUUCUCGGGGUUGCAAGAUAUAUUUAUUCCUUUGGAAUAUGUAGGUACUAAGAACAAUUACUUAGCAGAUAUUGCUGUCUUAGUUACCGAGAAGCCUUUGGUUCUUAGUCAAAGGGUACAACCUGUAUGCGUAGACUGGGGUUCAAACUAUAUCAACGAAAGCACUUCACAGAACAUUUCAGCAUUUGUAAGUGGAUGGGGUUUUACCCUCCCCAAUUCUCAGCCCUCUGAUACUCUCCAAAACUUGCAAGUACCCAUUGUUACUAAUGAAGAGUGCGUUAAAGCACUGCCUGAAGAUUUUCGUUCCUAUGUUACUCCUGACACAUUCUGUGCCGGUUAUCUUAACCAAAACACUUCGGUUUGCUCUGGUGACGCAGGAGGACCUUUAGUGACCAAACACAAUGGCAGAUACUUCGUCACUGGCAUUAUCAGUACCCAUCCGUCUGCGCCGACAGGCGGUUGUGACACUAAUCAAUACACACUUUACAAAAAAGUGUCAGACUAUAACAGCUUCAUACUAGAAAAAGAAGCACGAAUUAGGGCAACUACUUCUCCAGAUUCGGACUGUCGCAAUAGUGAAGAUCCUAAAGCCUGUCAACCAACAACACCCAAACCUACCACAACGCCCUCUGUACAAAAAUUUUCGUGCCAGCUGCCUCAACACCCAGCUUUCGGCAAAUACGCACUAUACGGAUCCUCUUCGAAACUAAAGUUACCAGGAGAAACUGUGCCAGAAGGUACACUUUUGGAAAUCAGUUGCUUUAACACCUACAAACUAGACGGUGGUACUCUAUCCCUCUGUGAAAAUGGAAAAUGGUCAACAGAAAUUGGAAAAUGCUUGAAAACUUGUCCUGCUGUGAAAAACACUCCACAAGUGAAGGCCACUUGUAUCGUAGAUGGUAAAGAAUCAGAAAACUGCGACCAACCCACAGAUGGUACAAGCGUAAAGUAUGAGUGCGCUCCGUUCUACGAAGAUCUACAGUUGGCGCAAAAUCCGGUUCAUAUGUGCCAGAAUGGAAAGUGGAGUCACAAAUCACCGGAAUGUGUUCCAGUGUGUGGCCAAAAGCAUGUGACCGCCCAACCACUGAUAGUGAAUGGUGAGCCUACAAAGAAGGGGGAUUACCCUUGGCACGUAGCGAUUUAUAGAGGUGACGGAAAAGUGUUCACCUGUAGUGGAACACUGAUUAGUCAGAGGAUCAUUCUAACAGCUGCACAAUGUGUAACGGAAUUCAAUAGUACCCCACGUCCAAAAGCACAAUUCACUGUCGUUGCCGGCAAAUACUAUCGUAAUUUUAAUGACACUAGAGAAGAUGCUAAAGAUGUACAGAGUUCCACGCUUGAAGAUAUAAUUAUUCACCCGGAGUAUAAAGGUGUUUCGCGAAUGAAUAGUGGUAGUCUUGCUAUAUUAGUCACGAGUAAACCUUUUACUCUGUCACCAAGAGUUCAACCAAUCUGCGUUGACUGGGGUUUAAAAUACGACAAAGAAUUAACACAGGCGGAAAACUUAACUGCUUAUGUAACAGGGUGGGGUUUCACUGCAGAGGAUGACAAUCCUUCUGAUACACUGCAACAAUUACAAGUUCCUAUAGUCAGUAACGAAAAAUGUCAAAAAGAACUACCGGAACAAUUUUCGAAUUUCCUUACUUUCGAUAAAAUGUGUGCGGGGUAUAGGAAUGAAGGGAAAUCAGUGUGUAAAGGCGACAGUGGCGGACCAUUGAUGGUUAAAUUUAAUGGCAGGUUUUAUAUAACGGGAAUUGUCGAUGCUGGUCCCCCUGGUGCAAGCGGAGGAUGCGAUAGUCAACAAUAUGCUAUUUAUACAAAAGUUUCUAGAUAUACAGACAACUUCAUUCUGCAGUCAACGAAACAAUAUAACUGAAAUGUUUGCUAACUUAUCUUAAUAUAAGUAAAAUAUAAAUGCUCAUUAAUUUUAAA